AUGCCACGCCUGUGCUGUGGCCAUGAUGGGGAGCCGUGCGUCUUUUCAACGAGCCGGGCCAGGCAGCGGGCGCAGGCGAAGGGACAGGCAGCCUUCUGUCGUCUUUGUGAUCUUGAGCUUCUCGAGGAGAGCCUUGGCAAGGCGGCCUCGAAGGGCCAGUUGCUGGGGCAGCUUCGAACACUCCAUGCCUUAGACCCGGACGUCUUCGAUCUGGCACUGGCUCGUAUUGGCGAGGUGUCCCCGCAUGUGGAGGAGAUCGAACGCCUAGCGGGAGCGCCCCCGCUGUCUGUCGAAGAUCAAUGGCGGGUUUGUUUGAAGAAGCGCAAGCGCCUCAGAGCUUCUCCCUCGCGCGAGGAGCGCAGGAGUUUCUGCCGGAAGGUUGAGAAAGACCGCACGCGCGUGCGCCUCAAGUUCUUCCCCGAGAAGCACCGUCGAAUCCCGCAUUCGGGCCAUCUUUGGCGACAUCGCCUGACGCAAAGUGUCCAGGCACAUGUGCGCGACGUGGCCUCCAAUGACACCGGCCUGCCUGCCGCCCACCUGACCAACAAUGCCGCCAUGGUGGAGAAGUGGUGCAAGUGGGGUUCCUGGACCAUCUGCCCUACCUGCCAUUCCGUGCAGCCUCGGCACAUGAAGAACAUCGAUGCGCGCCGACUGGCGGGUCCUCAUCACGCAUUGCGUGACUGCAGAGCCUGCAAAGCCGCCGGCGGGCGCAACAGCGGCGUCGCCACCGUUGCCGCGGUUCCUCGGGCGCUCCACAAGCUCAAUGCCCGCAUCGUGCAGGCCCUGCGACCCCUGGAUGUGGACUGCGGGCCGGUGCAACGAGCUCCCCAAGGCUACCGCAUACACACCAGCAUGAUCCGCUUCAGCUGGUCCGGCGACUCUGUCACCGACAAGAUCCGGGCGUUGGAGCACGACGCAGAGAGAACGAAGGCCCUGGAGGCGUACGACUUCCUCAUGCAGCACGAGGGCACCGCGUACGGCACGUUCGUGCGGCGGCAUCAGGAAUUCCUCCAACGCCACCCACACCCGACAGCUGCGGAGCUUCGGCGGCCGCUGCAAUUCAUCGAGGAGCUCGGCUUGGAGUGCGCGCUUUGGCCCGACCUGUACACCGACCUGGCGGCUUGUGAAACUUAUGAACGAGCUACGGACAUGCGGCGCCAGCAGCGGAACCCGGACAUCGACGACGGGGAGUCUGAGGAUUCGUCGCAGCCCGUCGGGCGACACAGCCUGAAGAGGAGCUUCCUGCUCAAGGCGCUGGGGCCCGUCUUGGACUAUGCUGCCGAUUACGAGCUCUUGCAGUUCGUGUUCGACCUCUCGGUCUGGUCCGACCUCGGUGGCAAGAGAAAUGUGCGCCAGGACGUGCCGAUGCGCAUUCUCCUCAAAGGAUGUCCCUUUGUGCCGUCCUACUGGGCUGUUCGUCACGCAGCUCUUCUCGACCUGCAACGCCAAGGCCUGCGGCCGCUGGUCUUCAAGACUUGGGCACCGUACGAGUGGCGCCGGAGUGCUCCGUAUCAUGGCUGGCUCCUGCACCACAUGCGCCACGUGCAUCGUCACCGACAGCACUUGGCGGGCCCGGUGCGCGAGGAGCCGUCCGUCUUUGACAAGGCCGCAGGCACGGUGCGAUUGCGCCACAAGGAGCGAGACGAGGCCUUGGGCAUUCGGGCCUACCAGGAGGCAGAGGUGGAGGUCCUCAAGUGCCACGUUGACAACCUUUUCCCGCGCACUGGUGCGGAUGGGCGCGGGCUUCUCAUGCGCUACGUCGCCACCUACGCGCCCAAAUUCAGCGACAGCUUUGCGACGGAGUGGCUUGCAGACGAGGGGAGCACCGGCUACGGCAUGGCCCUCCGCAUUCUGUCCUGCUACCACCCUGGCGAACCUGAGAUGUGGCUCACCCUGGCCACGCAGAUGCUUCCGCCUUUUGGCACGGGAGGCACCGUGCAACCGCUGGUGGCCCCUUGGCCCGACAUGCCGCGGAAGCCGGACUGCGUGGCCGUGUAUGAGACCUCGCCGUGGCGCGGGGACGACAUGAGCCUGUUAGAGUUCUUGCGUAAGUCCAAUAAAGCAGGCGACAUCGUGCAGUGGGUAAAGAAGGCGCACGCGCGAUCUGGCACACAAGAAUCGCUCGAGGUCUUCGCGCGCAACUGCCCUAUGGCCGGCGAGAAGAUCAUCGCGGCGGAGCUGGUCUCGCCCUUUUCGGACAAGUUCUUUGGCCAGUGGCUGAUGCUCCACAGGCCAUUUCGCAAAGUGGAGGAUUUGCUGGUUCGGGAGAUCUUGGAGAAGGUGCCGGACCGGUACAAGUUCUUCGCCUGCGCUCGAGCUCUUUGCCCCGAGUACUGGCAGGACGAGCAGCGCAUUCGCGAGGACCUUCUGCUUGCAGCCCGAGGCGACGUCUACAUCGAGAAUGUGCUGUCCAUGCUGCGAGCCCAGGCCAGCCUAGUGGACCGCUACCUCAGCGGGGCCAUCACCCUCGAAGACGAGGCGCAGGCACCGCAAGCCCGGCCUGCAGCUGCCGGGGCCCGCGCGGAGCGCAUAGACCCUGGGCUCUUCACUCUACUGCAGACUAUGCUCCGUCAGCAUGUGAUGACUAACGUCGAUCUCGUCUUGCAGCUGCGAGCCGCCGAGACUGAGGAGGAGGCAGAAACGCUCAUGUCCGACUUCGAGAGCAACGGCAGGAUCCUCGCCGGCCUCGGCCCGCCCGGCACCGGCAAGACGGUUGUGGCCGAUCGGUGCAUUGAAGAAGCAGUGGCCAAGGGGGCGAGAGUGCUGUACGCCCUUCCCACCGGACAGCUUGCAGCGCGGAUGCGCGUCCGCCAUCCCGAAAUCCAGGUGGACACGUGCCACGGCGCUUUCUGGUUGCACCGUCCUCGAGCUGAAGCCGUCGCUGCCCUGACCGAAUACGACUUCGUGGUGGUCGAUGAGGUUUUCCAGUUGACCUGCGAGCACUUUGACCGCAUCUGGGAGAUGUUCAACGCGGCCGGGCGCGCCGUCUGCCUGCUGCUACUCGGGGAUCCGUGGCAGCUGCCGACCAUUGACGGGGAGGCGCCCGACUCGCACUGGGCCUGGAAGGACGUGCUCAAGAUCAAGUUUCAGGAAGUCAAGCGGUGCAAGUGCCCGGUGCUUGCCCGCAAGCAGGCGGCCAUCCGCUCGCACAAGCCUAUGGG